UCCCGCCCGGGUCCUCACUGGUUUAUGGGUCUCCAUGGCGACGGCAGGGACCUGUCCAGGAGAGGCAGCCGGGGUGGGGCCUCGGCGGUCCGGGGGCUUCCGUGGUUGCGCCGCCGUUUUCGCUGCUGUGGCUGCCGUGUUCACCCUCACGCUGCCCCCGUCGGUGCCGGGGGGAGACUCGGGGGAACUGAUCACAGCCGCAUAUGAGCUUGGAGUUGCCCAUCCUCCUGGCUACCCUUUGUUCACUCUGGUGGCUAAACUGGCGAUUGAACUGUUUCCUUUUGGUUCAGUUGCCUACCGAGUCAAUCUUCUCUGUGGCUUAUUUGGAGCAGUAGCUGCAUCAUUACUUUUUUUCACCGUUUUCAGGCUUUCUGGCUCGUAUGCUGGAGGAAUCCUUGCUGCGGGGGUGUUUUCAUUUUCUCGUCUAACAUGGCAGUGGUCCAUUGCAGCAGAGGUUUUUAGCUUAAACAAUCUGUUUGUGGGGCUGCUUAUGGCUCUUACUGUACAUUUUGAGGAGGCAGCAACUGCAAAAGAGAGAUCAAAGAUAGCUAAAAUUGGUGCCUUCUGCUGUGGCCUUAGCUUAUGUAAUCAGCACACGAUAGUACUCUAUGUUCUGUGCAUAACACCAUGGAUUCUCUUUCGACUUUUAAAAGAGAAGGAGCUGUCCCUGGGCUCCUUCCUGAGGCUGAGUCUGUGCUUCUGUGCUGGUUUGCUGCCCUACCUCCAUCUUCCUGUCUCCUCGUACCGCAGUCAAGCCCGUUGGACCUGGGGAGACCAGACAACAGUGCCAGGAUUUUUGACACAUUUUCUCAGGGAGGAAUAUGGAACAUUCAGUCUGGCAAAAUCUGAAAUAGGAUCCAGUAUGUCUAAGAUACUGCUUUCUCAGGUAACAAAUAUGAGGACAGAGCUCUCAUUCAACAUUCAAGCCCUUGCAGUUUGGGCAAAUAUAUGUUUAACAAGAAAGCACAGACAGAAUUCUUCGUUAGUCUGGCUUUUUACUGGAAUGCUUUGCAUUUAUUCAUUGUUUUUUGCUUGGAGGGCAAAUUUAGAUCUCGCGAAACCACUUUUCAUGGGUGUGGUAGAACGGUUCUGGAUGCAGAGCAAUGCAGUGGUGGCCGUGCUCGCUGGCAUUGGUUUGGCUGCACUUGUGUCUGAGAGUCACCGAAUCCUGAACAACAACAUUGGGCUUCAAUGUCUGGAAUGGCUUUCAGCAACGAUUUUUGUAACUUAUCAGAUAUAUUCUAAUUACAGCAUUUGUGACCAAAGGACCAACUACGUGAUCGAUAACUUUGCAAAGAACCUUCUAGCCUCUAUGCCUCAUGAUGCAAUUAUCUUACUCAGAGGAGAUUUGCCAGGGAAUUCUCUCCGUUACAUGCAUUACUGUGAGGGGUUGAGGCCAGAUAUUUCUUUAGUGGAUCAGGAAAUGAUGACUUAUGAGUGGUAUUUGCCCAAGAUGGCAAAGCAUUUACCAGGUGUCAACUUUCCUGGGAAUCGGUGGAAUCCUGUGGAAGGAAUAUUACCCAGUGGGAUGGUCACAUUUAAUCUUUAUCAUUUUCUUGAAAUAAAUAAACAAAAAGAAACAUUUGUUUGCAUAGGAAUUCAUGAAGGUGACCCCACCUGGAAAAAGAACUAUUCACUUUGGCCAUGGGGCUCUUGUGACAAAUUAGUUCCUUCGGAGAUUGUGUUCAACCCUGAGCAGUGGAUUAAACUUACAAGAAAUAUCUAUAACUGGACUGAAGAAUAUGAACGGUUUGAUCCAUCUUCUUGGGAAUCUGUGGCCAAUGAAGAGAUGUGGCAAGCAAGGAUGAAAACAGCUUACUUCAUCUUUAACCUGGCAGAAACUGCUAAUAUGCCUUCAAAUGUGAAAGUACAACUCUACACCCACGCAUACAAUCUUUAUAAGGAGAUUGUCUAUUUACAAAAGAAACACCCCGUGAAUUGGCACAAGAACUAUGCUAUCGCCUGUGAGCGGAUACUGCGUCUUCGGGAAAAGGAUGCAGACCCUGAAGUCCUGUUAUCUGAGACCAUCAAACAUUUCCGUCUCUACACUCAGAAAGCACGGAAUGACCCACAGCUGGCUGAUAUUUCAGUUGCUCUAAAGCACCUAAGAAAAGAACUGCAAAGUCUGAGAAAUAUGAAAAAUAUUGCAGGCAGCAAAAUGUGAAAAACCUGCUUGUCAUUCAGCUUCCAAAAUUCUGAAAAGUUUUUCCUCCAAGAAAGGAAACUAUAAAAAUGGAAAACAAAGUCGUCUCCCAGAUAUGAGGAAUGUGAGACAGCAGUACUGUUCAGUGAAGUGGUUAGUAACUGAGACGUGCUAUUUUGCAAAAUUCUCAUCAUCCCCUGUUACCAAAUUAGCAUUUUGGUGAGGACCUUUGGAAUAAUCUUCCUACUUCUUCAGCCUUUCCCCAAAUGACAAUGCUUGAUUGGAUUCCAGAAAAGAAUGACAUAGUUUCAUAUUCUUAAAUAUUGACCCUGAAUCUUUUAGGGGUCCUGCUUAUUAGUGGUAUUAAUGGGAUCGGUUGUGAUGGUAAAUUCUUAAGAGAUUAAGACCAGACCCAAAGACAUUUUCUUUUACCUGCAAGUGAAAUAGUCUUUAGAAAGAGUGAAUCUUGCUAUGCUUCAAGUCCAAAUACUUUUGUUUUUUUCCUUUUGAAUAACCAUGUUGGUUAUAUAAUCAUAUCCUUCAAGCUAAACACCAGUCAGCUGACAUUUUGAAAAUGGUUUGGGUUUUAUUGUCUUAGCUGGUUCUCUGAAAUCACCCAAAAGAAAAACUAACUUAAUGUUUGCUGAUUUCAGUUACAUAAACUGAUUGGCAGGUAAAAAGGAUUUUGGAUUUCCUUAAUUAAUUUUUUUAUUUAUGUUUUACUUCUGUUUGGACUCAUAGAUCUAGGUCCAAUAAUUAGCAGGCUCCUACUGCCGGGUGGGGGGAAGGCGGGGACCAGGGGGAUGGGGAAAUGGCUCAAUAAAUCCAUUUCUGUUACAAGCAUCUUUUAUACAUAUUACUAAAGAGAACAUAGUAAGAAAUGCAAAUAAUAGUUCUUUAUUUUAUUAUGACAGUUAAUUAAUAGCAACCUGUUUUAAUGAAUAAAGUCACUCAGAGUCCUUCAGCACUUCCUAAGUAGAGGCCAGAAUCUGUAGGGAUUCUUUUCCCCCCAAUUGUAUGGCUCCUAGACUCCAAGCACUAUAUAGGCCCCUGUAUAGAAAUGCUCACUAAUGAAGAGGGAGGGCUAGAAGCUUGUCUGCAUUCAAAGAUCACUGGUGAGUCAUUCAGCAAGAAAAGGCCCCUUACCAGGAAUAGUCACAGUUCCGUGGCAUUGUACUAGCAAAAGGGUCUGAUCAAAGGUCUCCUGUGGAGCUUGCAUGGUUCCCUUUCAUACUACGACCAUAAUUAAAACCACUAAUUCUCUUUUAAAAUGCUGCAGGAUGCCAUGUAGGCAUCUGUCUGGAGUGUCCUUUGUGAUGUCAUAAGCUGUUAAGGACCAGUGCCGAGGGCUUUUGAGUGAAAUGCCAGUCAUGAAGGUGCUUCAAGACAAGGGUGCCUCUAAAAGCUUGACAGGGCCUUGACUGCACAAUUCGAGCUGAAUUUGCCCCUUGUCAGCUGCCAGUAAAUAAAUCUCAAAGGGGGAAAAGCUGAAGUUUCAUUACCUGAUCCAUGGGGCUUUGUUGGUUUUGGCAUCACACAGGGGAAGCUCUUGCCCCUCCAUUCUCUGGAUUUGAAGAUGUCCAUUGGAGCCUGCAGGGCCUGGACAGGGUUCAGAGCGGAACCUUUUGAAGAGUGUCAGUAGUUGUAACAGUUCAGCUGUUAGGAAGACAAAUAAAUGGAGGAGCUCAUUAAUCCGCUUUUGGCUCUCGCUGCCUUUUGCCCUUUUAUCACAGCCUUAUUAGGCUCCUACUCAUCUUGAACCAGAAAAAAAUGAAUUGAAGUUGUUGAGUACUAAUUGGCAAAGACUUUUAAUCAUGGGCCAAGAACUUUCACUGACUUGAAAGUAACUUCUCCACAGGGAAGAACCCGAAACCUGGUUUACCUUAAAACAAAAACCUGUUGAAGUUCAGUGUGGUGUAAAAAUUUAAGGAAGCGUUGAUAAAAUGUCUAAGUUUAUCCAUUUGAAAGAAAUUAUGUAAGAUUAUGAUUUUAUACUUUUCAAAUAAAAAGGAAAAUAAAAUAUUCAA